ACGGUGGCAUGUCAUUUUGAAAUUUUAAAGGUUUCGAGUUGUCAAAAACCAGUUGUUGGCAUGCGCCUAUAUUUGGAAGGGCAGAAGUGUAACAGACUAGCAAUACAUGUGCAACAUCUUUCAAGUCUACCAAACAUUUUUACACAAAAUCUGGCAAACCCUGGUGCAACCAAGGCAUGCCGAUGGCGAGGCUCUGAUGACUACCAAUGCAGCGAUCAAUUCUUAGAGGCAGUCAGAUGGAAGAGUUUUGCAAAGGUGUGCUCGUCAGUAGUCAAACACGAUCCAAACUGGAUAGAUGCUUUGGAUUCCAGCGGCGGGGUCUUUGUGGUGACCGGGGCCCAGCUCAUCAGCAAGGGAAAUUGGCCAAAGCGACAUCUUCAUCUCCGUCUACUCUACACACACCUACCCAACUGCAGCAUUCGCAAAACAGAGUGGGCUGCUGCACCCGAAGCUUCUCGCAAGUCAAAUUUCCUAACGAAUCUGAGCACAACAUUCACACUCACCCAACGAACAGUCACCGAUGCAGCUCCUAAGCUUGCAACAAAUAUAAACUCUGGCGUGUAUCCUAAUGGACCCCCAGUGCCCAUUCAUUCAACAAAGCUUCUCAAAUAUGUCGAUACAACUGAGGUUGUACGUGGACCAAGUGAUGCUCCUGGGCAUUGGUUGGUGACUGCUGCUAAGUUGGUUAUCGAAGGUGGGAGAAUCGGUUUGCACACAAAGUUUGCAUUGUUAGAUUAUAUGGAGGGGUGAUAUAAGCUAUAAUACGGAGCAAUGCAUAUACAGGUUGCAAAGAUUUCUUUGCCUUUUCCAGCUGCUGUACAGUUUCAAGCAAACCGGCUUCCGAGUGUUUGUGGCAAUACAUUUCAGGGUGAGAGACUCACAUCAAAGAGGAAAAUAUGAUAUAGUUUUGCACAUAAGGUAAGGUACAUAUUUGGUUUGGAUUUCAUACAAGAUAAAGGUCAUUUUCACAUUGCAAUUUGAAAAUCUUGUUUUUGUUCUGGCUUCCCUGCACGUUUCAGGAUAUGAAUCGAAUCGUUGAUACUUCUGUAAAUCUUAACCAAAUGUAUCAGUGAAAAAUCUCAAUUAUCUUUUGCUAUUUUUUUAGAGUUCCUAGUUUAUGGAUUGGGGUGCAAAAAACAAAGAUAUAAAGGAAUUGUCAAGGA